CGGCGAUAGGUUUAAUGAUGAAUUAAGGCGUUGUCGAGAGAGAGAGAGGAAGGGAUUGAGAUCUGUCGAUUUCUAUCUCAAAUGCUAGCGAAGAAUCGGCUGCCGGGAAGCGGCCACACUACUCCGUCUCCUCCGGCUUCUCCUCGCCGUUCUCCUCGUUACCGUCACGGUAGGUCUAAAGCCGCUGCCGGUAGUAGAUUUCCUACGGUUCAACCAAGUCGGACCCUCGCUCAUCGCCUCUCUUGGAUCCUCUUAUCGGUUCUUCUCCGUCGUCAGGGAAUAUUCCUAUUCGCUCCUCUAAUCUAUAUCUCUUGUAUGCUCCUUUACAUGGGAACGGUCUCGUUCGAUGUUGUUCCAAUCAUACAGCGUCGACCUCCUCCAGGAUCCGUUUACAAAAGCCCUCAGGUUUACGCCAAGCUCCGUCCUGAGAUGGACGCCGAUAAUUCCACCGCUGAUGCCAUAACAACCAUUUGGAAACAUUCCUAUAAAGGUGGUGAAUGGAAGCCGUACGUGAACAAGUCUACUGGAGACUUGCCCGAGUCAAACGGUUUCAUAUAUGUCGAGGCAAACGGAGGCUUGAAUCAGCAGCGGACAUCGAUAUGCAAUGCGGUUGCUGUGGCAGGCUAUCUUAAUGCAACUCUAGUAAUUCCCAACUUUCACUAUCACAGCAUAUGGAGAGAUCCAAGUAAAUUUGGGGACAUCUACGAUGAAGAGUUCUUUGUCAGUACCUUAGCAAAUGAUGUGCGGGUGGUUGAUACAAUUCCUGAAUAUCUAAUGGAGCGUUUUGACUACAACAUGACAAAUGUCUAUAACUUCAGAGUUAAAGCAUGGUCACCUAUUCAAUAUUAUCGAGACUCGAUUUUGCCGAAGCUGCUUGAGGAGAAGAUUAUACGAAUAUCUCCAUUUGCAAAUAGACUUUCUUUUGAUGCUCCACAAGCUGUCCAGAGACUUAGAUGUUUGGCGAAUUAUGAAGCCCUGAAGUUUUCGAAACCCAUACUAACCCUAGGAGAAACACUGGUGAAGAGAAUGAAAGAGCAAAGUGCAAACCACGGCGCAAAAUACGUUUCUGUACAUCUGCGUUUUGAAGAGGACAUGGUAGCUUUCUCUUGUUGCAUUUUUGAUGGUGGGAACCAAGAAAAACAAGAUAUGAUUGCAGCAAGAGAACGCGGAUGGAAAGGAAAGUUCACAAAACCAGGUCGUGUUAUACGACCUGGUGCUAUCAGGCAAAACGGAAAAUGCCCUUUGACUCCUUUAGAGGUGGGUUUAAUGCUUAGAGGAAUGGGGUUCAACAAAAGCACAUAUAUUUACCUUGCGUCUGGUGAAAUAUAUGAUGCGAAUCGAACUAUGGCCCCGCUACUAGAGAUGUUCCCAAAUUUACAAACUAAGGAGAUGCUUGCAUCAGAGGAGGAACUUGCUCCAUAUAAGAACUUCUCUUCCAGAAUGGCUGCAAUAGAUUACACGGUCUGUCUCCACAGUGAGGUAUUUGUGACCACGCAAGGUGGAAACUUUCCUCAUUUCCUCAUGGGUCAUCGGAGAUAUUUGUUUGGAGGACAUUCCAAGACCAUUAGACCGGACAAGCGAAAGUUAGCAAUCCUCUUUGACAAUCCCAACAUCGGAUGGCGGAGUUUUAAACGUCAGAUGCUAAACAUGAGGUCUCAUAGUGACUCAAAGGGGUUUGAGCUAAAACGACCUAAUGACUCCAUUUACACAUUCCCUUGCCCUGACUGCAUGUCCCGUAAGAACAAAACAACAACCCCAGAUUCCAGACCACCUCCUGCCACCUGAAACACACACAUUUGAUUACCGGCCUUCCAGAAUCCGGUUCUACAGGCUAUGUUCAUUCCUUGUAAUUCUAAUUCUUUCAAACCAGACAGGACUUAGUAACUCGGCCUGCCCAGAAUUUUAGGGAG